AUGGCCAAGUCCAAGAACUCCUCGCAGCACAACCAGUCGCGCAAGGCGCACCGUAACGGGAUCAAGAAGCCCAAGACAGCCAGGUACCCUUCGCUCAAGGGCACUGACCCUAAGUUCCGUCGCAACCACCGCCAUGCUCUUCACGGCACCGCCAGGGCUCUGAAGGAGAAGAGGGAGGCUGACAAGGCUUGA